GGAGUUUCGAAAGUUCAAUUUUGCAUGGCGGACGUGCAAUUGGAUUGUGUUAUUUGUUGGUGAUCAUUUUAAUAAUUUAUCUCUUGUAGAUUCCUUAUGGAAAGACUACUUUUAAUAAUUUUAUUCCUUUGUGGUCGUGCUUUAUUCAUACCUUAACGAUAGAUGAUGCUAAAGUGUUAUUUAUAGUUGCAUUUUGUGAGAACUGCAUAGUGUAUCUCGAAAAUGGGAAAAUGUGACGAAGCUAAUGUCGAAGUUAGCAUGGGGGACUCAGCGUCCCCCAUGAAACCUGAUAACUUUACGUUUACUCCACCUCCAGAGGCUCCUGUCUUUGAGCCUACACCAGAAGAGUUUUUGGACCCUUUAGCGUACAUCAGUAAAAUACGUCCUAUCGCCGAGAAAUCGGGCAUUUGCAAGAUAAAACCACCAGCGCACUGGCAACCCCCAUUCGCAGUUGAUGUGGACCGACUACGGUUUACACCGCGAAUACAACGGUUAAAUGAGCUCGAGGCAAUAACGAGGGUGAAGCUUAACUUCUUAGACCAGAUUAUAAAGUUUUGGGAACUGCAAGGGUCAACGUUCAAAAUCCCGACUGUCGAAAGGAAACCGCUCGAUCUCUAUUCGUUGCAUAAGAUUGUGAAAGAAGCCGGGGGCUUCGAAAUAUGCUCAGCAGAGAGGAAAUGGUCGAAGAUAGCCCGCCGCAUGGGCUACCCGCAAGGCAAAGGCGUCGGUUCAAUAUUGAAGAAUCACUACGAACGCAUCCUGUAUCCUUAUGACGUGUUCAAGAACAAUGGAGCAGUCGGAGACAAUAAGGAGACAAAAAUCGAAGUCAAAUCAGAACAGACGCCCGAGAAGGCAACGGCGACGCGGAGUCGCUCCACGACAAAAUGUCCCCCGGGGGCCGCGGCCACUCCGCCCCCCGCCCGUCGGUACAAGUCCGAGCCCGAACCGGCAGCUGAAGGUAGUCACACCGAAGGCGCCCUCGUCGGAUCUGAAGAUUCGAUUAUGAAAACUCCCAUUAAAGAGGAGAACCCCGAAAUAAGACGGACAAGUCCUCGUGAGAACAAAUGGAUGUCGGCGGGAGCCAGUUGCGGUUCGCGAGCGCGCGUGACCCGCUCCACCCGUCUCCGCGAGCAUCGCGUCAACAACAUGACGGUCUCCGUGACGCCUGCCCCGCCCGCACCCAACACGCAUCCCGAUGAUCCGUUGGCGAAGUACAUGUGUCACGUGUGCGGCCGGGGCGACGUCGAGGAGCAGAUGCUGCUGUGCGACGGCUGCGACGACUCGUACCACACGUUCUGUCUCGUGCCGCCGCUCGCGGACGUGCCCAAGGGCGACUGGAGGUGUCCAGUGUGCUUAGCCGAAGAGGUAUCGAAGCCGACUGAAGCUUUUGGUUUCGAGCAGGCCACCCGCGAGUACACGCUGCAACAGUUCGGCGAAAUGGCGGAUCAGUUUAAAUCAGAUUACUUCAACAUGCCCGUGCACAUGGUUCCAACGUCGACCGUGGAAAAGGAAUUUUGGCGCAUCGUAUCGUCGAUAGACGAAGAUGUCACGGUCGAGUACGGAGCGGACCUUCACUCGAUGGACCACGGCUCGGGGUUCCCGACCAAGUCCAGCGCCCACCUGUACCCUGGGGAGCAGCAGUACGCAGACUCCAGCUGGAACUUGAACAAUCUACCGGUUCUGGAGGGUUCUGUGCUUGGACAUAUCAACGCUGAUAUCUCAGGAAUGAAGAUACCUUGGCUGUACGUGGGCAUGUGCUUCGCAACGUUCUGUUGGCACAACGAGGACCACUGGAGCUACUCCAUCAAUUAUUUACAUUGGGGAGAACCUAAGACAUGGUACGGAGUGCCAAGUUCAAAGGCCGAGCAAUUCGAAGCUGCAAUGAAGGCCGAAGCUCCAGAGCUGUUCCAGCUGCAACCGGACCUACUGCACCAGCUUGUCACGAUCAUGAACCCUAAUGUUCUGAUGAAAGCUGGUGUUCCCGUUUACAGAAUGGAUCAACACGCUGGAGAAUUCGUGAUCACGUUUCCUCGCGCUUAUCAUGCCGGCUUCAACCAAGGCUAUAAUUUUGCCGAAGCGGUUAACUUUACUCCAGCUGAUUGGUUGAAAGUGGGCCGCGAAUGCAUCGCGCACUACUCCACGUUGCGGCGCUACUGCGUGUUCUCCCACGACGAGCUGGUCUGCAAGAUGGCGCUGGAGGCCGACUCGCUCAGCCUCAGCGUCGCGCUGGCCGCCUACCGGGACAUGCGCACCAUGCUGCACGACGAACGGAAACUCCGGAAGGGACUGCUGGAUUGGGGUGUAACGGAAGCGGAACGCGAGGCCUUCGAGCUGCUACCAGACGAUGAGCGGCAAUGUCACAUGUGCAAGACGACGUGCUUUCUGUCGUGCGUGACGUGUCGCUGCACGCCCGCCGUCGCCUGCCUGCGACACUACGUCGAGCUGUGCAACUGCAGCCCGCAGGCGCACAGGCUCAGAUACCGUUACACCUUAGAUGAGUUGCCAGCGAUGCUGGAGAAACUAAAGAAGAAAUCAGAACAGUUCAGGGAGUGGGCUGAAGCUGUGCAGAAUGCUCUAGAUCCAGAUACGCCUAAGACUUGUGAUUUAGACGGACUGAGGGCGCACUUGAAGAAAGCUCACGAACUUAAGAUUCACAAGACCGAGCUAGUUCGUGCUUUAGAAACGGCUAUAGAAGACGCCGAAAAGUGUGCUUCGGUAAUACAGCAACUGGACUUGAACAAGAUGCGGACUCGAACCCGACACCACGACCCCAAAUACAGGCUGACCAUACACGAGCUCACUUUGUUCGCGGCAGAAAUUGACGGCCUCGCUUGUGUUUUGCCCGAAGGUUCAGCUGUCAAAGAAGUCUUACGUCAAACGUCAGAGUUUGAGUCGAAAGCAUCGGAAUUGAUCAACAAAGACCUGGACAAGAUUGAACCUGGUUACGUUAGGGAAUUAGAAGAGGUUGUAGAUUUAGGAUCUCGGCUCUGUAUAGUGCUGCCGCAACUGGCGCCCCUGCAGGCGCGGCUCCAGCAAGUGAAGUUUGUCGAUGAAGUGCAGCAAUACAGGGACGAGUGCUCCACCCUCACUCCGGAGGUCAUCGACCGGCUGUUGCAGGAUGCCGAAAAACUUGUACCUCAUCGCAGGGUUGAACUGGAGAGGGCUGGACUAUACAAAUUGAAAGCCCUAGUAGAAGAAUGGGAGGAACGCGCCCGAGCAGUCCUCAUAGAUACAACAAAGUCGAAAGAUUCGUCGGAAGCGGACGAGCCGCAGUACACGACCCUGGCCGAGCUGAGUCUGCUGCUCGCCGACGGUGAUGAGAUCGAGGCGGCUCUGCCCUCGUACCACGCGCUGCAGACCGCCGUGGCUCACGCGAAGGACUGGCUGGCCAAGGUUGAAGAGAUGCAAUCCAAAGAUCUGUACCCGUACAUGCACAGCGUGGAGUCUGUUGUGCGUCGCGGGCAACAGAUCCCGCUGGCGCUGUACGAGAAGGAUCAGUUGGCGGCCGCCCUGCAGUCUGCGAAGGAAUGGAAACGUGGUGCGGCCGAAAUGUUUCUAAAAAAGGUGUGUGGCAAGGUCGACUUAACGAAUUGGCCAUAUUCGUUACUGGAAGCCCUGUCGCCAAGAACUGAAGGCGCCGAGAGCUUAUCAACAGCGCGGCGCCGGGCGCGAGCCGCCGUCGGAACCGAACCGCCUCCCUCGACGUUAGAGGCCGGCUUAUUCCUCAGGAACUUCAGCGAAGACUCCACCCCCACAGAAAUCGUAGCGGCGUUCAAACAAGCGGAGAUUACUGAACUCAAUUCAAUAAAAACUUUAAGAGCCCGUAACAUGAGGAAGGAAGUCCGGGCCCCACCCGCGGCAGGCGUCACGUUUUGCGUCUGCCAGAAACGGCAAUAUGGUGUCAUGACCCAGUGUGAGCUGUGCAAGGAUUGGUUCCAUGCUUCGUGCAUAUCAUCGAUGAAGGACGAGCGGGAGGAGUCGCCGGACCGCGGGGAGGGCGCUCCGUUUUCAGGAGCCGAAAGUAAAUUCCUGUGCCCGGACUGUAUGAGGACCAAACGGCCCAGGCUGGACCGGAUCUUGGGGCUACUGGUGUGGCUGCAGAAGCUGCCGGUCCGGCUGGCGGAGGGCGAGGCGCUGCAGUGCGUGACGGAGCGCGCCAUGUCGUGGCAGGACAGCGCGCGGGCGCUGCUGGCCGCCCUGCCGCACCGCGCUGAUAUGACGAACAGAGAAAAGGCAGAUAAACUGAAUGCUGAGUUAAAGAAGGCAACAGGAAGAGCUCAUGAUCUCCAUAACGCGCAUAAUCCAAGGUCGUCGGCCAGCGUGGAGCACGCGUACAGCGCCACGCCGCGGUCGCCCAGCGCGAGGAUGGCGCCCGGCAUGCUGCACAAGCUGGAGGAACUCAUGCUCGAAGGCGACCUCUUGGAGGUGCGGCUAGAGGAGCAGGCGCAGGUGUGGUCGGCGGUGUGGUGCGCGCGCGCCGCCGACGGACGCAAGGCCACGCGCGUGCUCGACGCCGGCCGCCGGAAGCGGCAGCGACAGCAGCGCCACCACCAUCAGCUCAAGAGGACCCGGACCAGGCAUCACCACGGACCUACAACAACGAAAACAUCAAUCAAACGCGGCUCGGCCACGACGACUAAUUAUCUCAACAGAAAGCAGGGCGUGUCGUCGGGCUCGAGUCUGAUGAUGAGGAAACAUUACAUGGCGCGGCAGGAAAGACGUAAACGCGGCCUCGCCGCUGCCCGGGGGAAACAUUCGUCGAGGGGAGAUGGCGCGUCACACAGUACCGGAAGCCGGGCAAUCGCGGCGAGUCGACGGAGCAGCUCAUCCUCGAUGUCCUCCGCUGAUGAUGACGAAGAUUGCGCCGCUUCUAAUUGUCUAAGGCCUACUGGUAAAGUUGAUUGGGUGCAGUGCGACGGCGGGUGCGACCAGUGGUUCCACAUGCACUGCGUCGGGCUCAGCCGCGGCGCGCUGCGCGACGACGACGACUACGUGUGCGGCACGUGCGCCGACGCGCGCUAGCCCCGGACCGUCAAGCGAAAAUAGCUCCUAUAGUGUUUCGUGUAAAGUGUUAAAACGAGUGCGCGCGUUGGACUUCCAAAAGAACAUCGAUUCGAUUGAAGCCAUUCAAAAUAUAUAUAUCGACGCUUGAAAGGCAAACGUGACUAAGCGACAAUGCGUGAACUUUACAGUAGACUAAAGUUGAGAUACCAGAAAAAAAAUCUCUUUUAACGAAACCAGCUGUAGGGUUAAAAUGAUUUUAAUAGACCUAGAAAUAUAUAUUUUUUUUGCGCAUCGAAUAUGGUUACUGCCUAUCAUGUACAAAGCAGUUAUUGUCGCUUAGUCACGUUUGCCUUUCAAGCGUCGAUAUAAUAUGUACAUAAUUCUGUGUGAGUUACAGUGAAUGUUUCUCUAAUAAAAUUUGUACAGUGAAGACGUGUUGUAAGUUUUACUUGUAUGUAAUGUAAUGAGAGCGCAUAUGGUUGUAUUGUCGAGCGAAUUAUGUUAACGUCUUACAGCGGCGUUCGUAUUCGCUCUAAAUAAAGGUACACGUGUACUUGAGAUGUGAGACAAAUCGUUGAGACAACUUUGAUUACGUGAAAUUAAAUACACAUAAACACAUAUUCGCUUUAUAUUGAAACGCAAACAAAACUAGGAUCUUUAAUAUACUAAAUAAGGUUUGAAAUAACAAAACAGAUAUUGCGCAUGCAACCGGUAUUCAAAAGUUUAAGUGGUGAAGCCUAUUUCCUAUAUUUUCUUGGAAACAUCAUGAUAUCCAAUUUUCGUACUUCAGAAAUGCUAAUAUACCGAUAGAGGCAAAUAUGAUGGAAUUUUGUUACUGAAUUUAAAUUGAACUUAAAGUUUAUUAUACAUAGCUCACCGUGGAGGAUAGUGUUUCAAAUAAAUUUGCACCCAUGCGUGCAGCACGUAAUGUAGUUUAUACAUAAGACUAUAUACAAAACUCUUGGUUUAAAGUUCUAUAUAAAAUACACAAUAUGAUUGUCUCAUUUAAAAAUGAAUUGGUACUGUUAUGUAUGUAUUUGUUUAUAAAAAAACAAACAUCACAAAACUUAAGAUCUUGAACGUAAGAUUUAAUUUCUAUUGUCUAUUGAAGUAAAUUAACGCGAUAAGUGACGUGUAAAGUUGCAAUCUUAAUUUUAACAAUUUUAGAUUUUUAAUAGCGAACAAUUUCCAUCCGAUUUCAAUAUUACUUUUGCGAUUUGUUUGAUCACAAAAUUUAAUAAAAAUAAACGAAAUAUUUAUUCGAUUAUAUUAUCAGAGGCAGUUAAAUUUAAUUGUGAUUUUAUGACUAGUAUGGUAUCUAACGACCGGUCCAUAUAAAAUAUCCCAUGCAAAUUUUGGUCGAGCAGUGAAAUUGUCACUUGUAAGAAUGCAUCAUUAAACAGAAAAUGUGUUUGCUCUUAGUCUAAUCUCUAAUUUGGUUUGUUCGUGAAGAGACCACAGAUACAGGGUCUUAGAUAAUUCAGAUCGUAUGUCUUCUUCGAUAAUGUACAUAAAUACAAGUUUUGAGAAUUCACUCAUUAUGAUGUUUGAUCUUCGAAAAACAAACUGUAUCGUAAUAAAAUAUGUUUUUAAGCCAAAUUACGAGGUUUUUAGUAAAACACUGGUUUUGGUAACUUCAAUCUGAUUAUUUGAUACAGCGUGAAAUUCACAGAGACUGUUUCCUAACUAAUUUUUAAUUUAAAUUGUCGAAACCUUCGAAUAUGUUUAGAUCCUGUAUAAUAAAUCCUAAUCGUAAACUUGUAAAAUAAUGAGAAUUUAAUAAAAAAAAUUUAAGUAUCAAUUAUUAUAGAUCAAAUGUAAUAAAGAACAAUACACUGAACUGUUUCAUUAAUAGAAUGUUCGAGUUUUUUAUCGAUGUUGUCAAUAAUGUGUUUAGACAAAUAUAUGUGUUAAUUAAAUAAUAAUAAAAAACAAAACUAGACAAAACUAUGAAAAUGUUUCGGUGUUAGUGAUAUAUCAAAUUAAAUAAUUACAGGUAGUUUAUUUUUCAUCUAAUCCAGCCGUUUUCAAUAGGUGAGGUUCGAUUUGUGUGUUAAAAGUAAAAUAUUUUCCCUAAACUACGAAGUUUUUGUAGUUUGAAAAUACAGUAGCUGUUUGCAUUAUCCCUGGUUGACUAUUGAAAAUUUGUGACAAACGUGAACUUGAAUGAAAUGUUUGACAAAUUAACUAUACUGAUUUCAGUGUAAGAAAUACGACAGGGCAAGAAGUUGUUACGAAUUGUUUUACAAGUCCAGGCUUUUUACUUUAUAAACACGAUUAUUUAAGAGGUUCUGGAUGGUUCUGGAUAUUUCCGUAUGGUUCUGGAUAUUUCCGUAUGGCGACGAAUGGACUGAAAAUUGCGGGUUAGAGGUUAAGAAUUGCGGUAGGCAGCGGCUUGGCUCUGCCUUUGGCAUUGCUGGAAUCCAUGGGCGACGGUAACCACUCACCAUCAGGUAGGCCGUAUGCUCGUCUGCCUACAAUGGCAAUAAAAAAAAAUUGCAGUCAAAUCUACCCUCUUUCUGGUUAUUAUCACAACUCGAUGACUAUACCGACAAUAUACCGGUAAAAACCAGCUAAACAAUAGUGUUUAUAUUAGGCCAUAUCGUGAUUGAGAACGUACCUAAUGUUUAAAUAAAGUCGACAGAUUUAAAUCGUGUGACUGUCUAGAGCGAAUAUCGACUUUUUAUCGAUACAUUAUCGAGAUAUGAAUAAUUCGGAUCUUUACAUCGAUAAAACGUUUAGAUAUUUCGAAGACGGUAAUGUUAAGUUAUGCUUACAUAUGGGUCUCAAAUAUGUAUGGAAUCGUUAUAAAGAAGGUAUUUACCAAUUAUUCGGAUAGGUAAUUUAAAAUUUUUGAUUAUUAGCGAUGGAAGAGGACUAGGUUGGUGAAUCGAUAGUGAUUCGACACGAUUCGGUCUAACUCUAUGGUUAAAGUAAUUAAAAUUUUCUAUUGUGUAUAGUCGAAAUUUGAAACGUAUCAUUUGGAUUUCACGAUCUGGAUGCGGGAGAUUGUGUUUAGUAAAAUCGAUAUUUUUGAAUUGAUACUAACCAAGCGUGUUUGCAGAGUUUGAAGAGUUUUGUAAAUAUUUUUUUAAAAGUCAGCGAAAGUUUUUAAUGUAAUGAAAAAAGUUUUUUUUUCUUGUGCAAGAAACUGAUAGUUUAAGUAGAUCGAUACGUGUGCCUGUGAGUUUGUGCGUCUGUUUGUCUUUCGAUUCGGCUCGGUAAUGACUGCUUAAUAGCUUUUUUUUCCUAGGUUCAAUCAAGUAUAAAUUAUCUUAUAAGAUGAGAAAUCUAUUCGUAUAGUUUUUGUAUUGUGUUUUAUUAAUGUGUACUAUUUUAGAUCUAAUUUUGUUUUAUAAAAUUUGCUAUAGAAAUUUAUUGUUUAUCGAUUAGUAAAUCGAUUUGUAAAUUAGUCGAAUGUAAUUUUAAUCGCACUGAGCCGGGUCGAAUCGAUACCGGAAGCAGGCUUCGCAAUCCUAAUACUUUUCUUAUUAUUAUUUUUUGCAGUUGUAUUAAAGAUGGCUAUGUAUACAAAUGUUUAAUUCGUCAACCAUACAAAUAAAUGCACACAAACCA